AUGGCAAAGAAACCUACCACCAGCCUCGCGAAGGGGAAGAGGACUAAAGCUCCUGAACUGCACCCAAAAAAGAGAUCAAUAGACGAAGUAGAGUCAGCUGAUAAAGAGGACGAAAAAGACACUGACAAAGCAGUUGAUGAGUUGGAUGCAGAUUUCGACGAGGUUGCAGGGCUAUUAGGCGGAGACAUCAAAGACCCAGAAGUGAAAAAGGCCAAUUUGAAACAGGCCAAGGAUGAACAGAGACUCCAGGAAUUGACAAAACCAAAAGUCUCCACCACGGUUGCAGCAGAAGAGGAUGAGCCAGAUGUCAACUACUCGUUUGAAAAAGCCGAGUUUUCAGAGCCCACCAUGAAAGCCAUCAAGGAAAUGGGAUUCACCAAAAUGACAAAGGUCCAGGCCAAAACCAUUCCUCCGUUGUUAGCAGGAAGAGACGUCUUGGGAGCAGCAAAAACUGGUUCGGGCAAGACGUUGGCGUUCUUGAUACCGGCAAUCGAGCUUCUAUAUUCUUUAAAAGUGAAGCCGAGAAACGGAACGGCUGUGAUUAUAAUCACGCCAACUAGAGAGUUGGCGUUGCAAAUAUUUGGAGUCGCGAGACAAUUGAUGGAACACCACUCGCAAACGUGUGGUAUAGUGAUUGGCGGAGCCGAUCGGAGACAAGAAGCUACUAAACUAGCCAAAGGUGUCAAUUUGCUCGUUGCCACGCCUGGUCGAUUAUUGGACCAUUUGAAAAACACCCAGGGUUUCGUAUUCAGUAACUUGAAAGCAUUGAUUAUCGAUGAAGCAGACCGGAUCUUGGAGAUUGGGUUUGAAGAUGAGAUGAAACAGAUUAUCAAGAUCUUGCCUAGUGAAGAAAGGCAAACGAUGUUGUUUUCAGCUACUCAAACCACAAAAGUGGAGGAUCUUGCACGGAUAUCACUUCGACCAGGUCCGUUGUACAUCAACGUUGUUCCUGAAAAGGAACACUCAACUGCCGACGGGUUGGAACAAGGCUACGUGGUGUGUGAUUCCGACAAGAGAUUCUUGCUUCUUUUCUCGUUUUUAAAGAGAAACAUCAAAAAGAAGAUCAUUGUGUUUUUGUCCUCGUGCAACAGUGUCAAGUUCUACAGCGAGUUGCUCAAUUACAUCGAUCUUCCGGUGUUGGACUUGCACGGCAAGCAAAAACAGCAGAAGCGAACAAACACUUUUUUCGAGUUUUGCAACGCCAAACAGGGGAUAUUGGUAUGCACUGACGUUGCCGCUCGAGGCUUGGAUAUCCCGGCCGUCGACUGGAUCAUUCAGUUUGACCCACCAGAUGACCCAAGAGACUACAUCCACAGAGUCGGUAGAACUGCUAGGGGCACCGACGGUAAAGGCAAGUCAUUGAUGUUCCUUACUCCGUCCGAGUUGGGAUUCUUGAGGUAUCUCAAAGCCGCAAAUGUUCCGUUGAAUGAAUACGAGUUCCCAGCAAACAAGAUUGCCAAUGUUCAAUCGCAAUUAACUAAAUUGAUCAAGACAAACUACUUGUUGCACCAAUCGGCUAAGGACGGCUACCGGGCGUAUUUGCAAGCGUAUUCUUCGCAUAGUUUGAAAACUGUCUACCAGAUCGAUAAACUUGAUUUGGUCAAAGUUGGCAAAUCGUUUGGGUUUGACGUGCCGCCAAAAGUCAACAUCACCAUUGGUGCCAGUGGGAAAUCGAUAGAAAAGAAGCAUAAGAAACAAAGAAGAGAUAGGAAUUAG